CCGCACUUGCACCGAUCCAUUUUGCCUUACCGUAUUGUGACCGAGUGAGUGAGAUCGCUCCCGACCUCACUCACUUUUAGAAAGACACUACACUAAUAAAAAACCCUAUCAACCAUUGUGUAACACAGUCUACCCUCCGAUUAUCUCCCCUUCCGAGGGGACGCUUUUCUUAUUAAACUUCCUUACCUCCCCCUUCCUGAAAGAUUCGUGGCCGGGUCCGAAUAUCAUACUUCCAGCGCAGUGCACGGAAAGCUCGAAUUCGGCAAACAUUCUUACGAGCAGAGGCGGAAAUUCGGGUCGACUUUUUCUCCCCCACCCGGAUAUUGAGAUAAGGGAAGCUUCAAGAUGUCGUACAUAUGGAUGGGGUCUCCGGGGAACUUCAGCACGGAUCCUACCGUGACGAACAAUGAAACUGGAGGUGAUUCUAGUAAGUCCUGUUUACUCCCGAAGCCGUCAUUUGCUGCCUACCCUUUGUGCCUACCUUUUGGUGGUUUCAGUUCACUAAGAGCUUCGGCUUUACUCUAGGACUGGAGAAUCUGAACCGAUGGUACACGAAAGGGGAUCCAGCGUAUAUUAUUGUCUGCUCGGCCAUGGUACUUCUCAUGGUGCCCGGACUCGGCUUCCUCUACAGCGGUCUCGCGCGCCGCAAGUCUGCACUCUCCCUCAUCUGGGCCUGCAUAGGUUCAUCGGCGAUUGUCACUUUCCAAUGGUACUUGUGGGGAUACUCGUUAGCCUUCUCCAGAACCGCGACGAAUGGAUUCAUCGGAGACCUCCACCACGCUUUUCUGCUGAACACACUCGGCGUCCCAUCACCCAGCCCUCUCGUUGCGGAGAUCCUGUUCAGUUUUUACCAGAUGCAAUUCGCUGCCGUUACCGUUGCCAUCGUUAUGGGUGCUAUUGCUGAGCGAGGGAGGGUCCUACCCGCUAUGGUCUUUGCUUUCGUGUGGACCACUCUCGUUUACUGCCCCAUUGCCUGCUGGGCAUGGAACCCUAAUGGAUGGGCCUUCGGUUAUGGUGUUUUGGAUUAUGCUGGUAUGUAUCGGGAAUUCGCUGGCUCACAGCUUCGAUCAAGCUAAUACCGUAAAUAGGCGGUGGACCCGUCGAGAUCGCAUCCGGAGUGGGCGCGCUUGCAUACUCCUUAGUCCUCGGUAAACGUCAGGAGAAGAUGCUGCUCAACUUCAGGCCCCACAAUGUAUCCUUGAUCACCCUCGGCACCAUACUUCUCUGGUUCGGCUGGCUCGGGUUCAAUGGUGGAUCGUCCUACGGUGCCAACCUUCGUGCGGUUGUGGCUUGCUGGAACACCAAUCUCACAGCCAUCUUCUCCGGCGCAACAUGGGUCCUCCUCGACUUCAGGUUGGCAAAGAAAUGGUCAAUGGUCGGUCUCUGCUCGGGCCUCAUCUCCGGCCUCGUCGCAGCUACGCCGGCGUCCGGUUUCAUCAUGCCCCACGCCAGUAUUCUCCUGGGAGUUGUCACGGGUGUUGUCUGCAACUAUGGCACCAAGGUGAAGUAUCUCGUCCGCAUCGACGACGCAAUGGAUGUAUUCGCGGAACACGGUAUCGCUGGCAUGGUCGGCCUCAUCUUCAAUGCCCUAUUCGGCGCCGACUACAUCAUCGGCCUCGACGGCGUGAACGCAAGCUACACGGGCGGCUUCGUCAACAAGAAGUGGAAGCAGCUCUACAUCCAGCUCGCCUACAUCGUCGCUUGCAUCGCCUACACUUUCGUCAUGACCACUCUUAUCUGCUUCGUCAUUAACGCGAUCCCGGGCCUCAAGCUUCGCGCCAGCGAGCAGGCCGAGCUCUUGGGCAUGGACGACGACCAACUCGGCGAGUUUGCGUACGAUUACGUUGAGGUUCGGAGGGACUAUCUGGCUUGGACACCAGCUAAAGAGCAUCAUGACGGGCAUACACCCGUUACUGGUAUGGAUAACCCCCCCCCUCUCUAACUUUUCCUCACCUCCGACAUUGGGCUAACAUCAAGUUCAUCGAUUACAGCUGGAGAUCGUCAUGGUAUCGCUGCGCACAGCCAGAUGAUUGAGGGACACCAACCACAACAUUCAGAACCCCCAAGUGAGAUGGUUGGGUUGGAAGGGGAGAAGUCCAAGAAACAAUAGUUGGUUUCUCUGAUCGUCCUUCUCCCCCUUUUCUUUCCAUCUGAUCGCCGUUUUCCACCUUUAAUAUCCGUCUUGUCCUAAUCCCUAUCCACCGAUCUAUAUCUGUGUUGGCCAGCGAGUCGUUUUGUUUGUGUUUUCUUCUUUUUUUUCUUUUAUGCAAAACGAUCAGGGAUUGGAGGGGUCCUUUUUUUUCUUUUCUUUUCUGUAUCUAGGUAACUUAUUGUUUAAAAUACGGUAGGCUUUUCAUUUUUUACCUUCCACCUUUCUACAACAGCAACUCUGUGGUGUGUUUGGUACUCGAGGAUGAUGUAGGGAGCGAUGGAUUGAUUUAUUCAUACCGGUAUUGGUAUGAUAUUUGUUGUUGUCGCCAUACCGACCGGUACAACUUUAUCAAAUUUCGAAAAAAAAAAAAAAAGGUUGUGACUGCUACCGCCUUGUUUUUCUCUUUGCUUUUAUUUUUUUUAUUUUUAUUUUUUUUGUCCCAUACGUAAUCUCCCACGAAGCAAUUUCCUCCCUCCUCCCCCUCGCUAGCGAUCUUAACUUAUCAACUUUAACAACCCCCCCCCCGGUUUUAAUUUAGUUAUCAUGGAGAAAGAAAAAAAAACUAAUCCACCCGACCGACCCCAACCCGUGGGGGGCAUCUAAAGAAAAAGAAAAAGAAAAGAAAAAAUAAUAACCGAGAAAAACAUGGGGACGAACCUUACAAGUCAUUACAACCCGUUUAACUUUAAGGAAAAAUGGUAGCCUAAUUCAAUACAGCAUGAUACAAGUCAUCCAAGACGCUCGGACAAUCGAAAAACUCCCCACCUACCGUACCUCCCUUACCCCCCCCGUUUACUAUAUGCCAUCUUGUAAUAAGUUCUACGAGUAGAUUUCUCCGGAAAAGUAUCGUACUAUGCUCGAGUGCUAGCACUAGCACUAGUACUUGUAGACGGCAGCUGUGGGAUAAAAUAGUGGGAAUAAUAGAAAAAUGGGUAGGGGUGGUUAGGUUAGGUUAAUCAAUAACUUGUACCUGGUACCGGCUGUGAUUGCUACCCAGCACCUCCUCGCGCUCGAUGUAUCGUACUGGUACUCGAGCGCUAACUUAGUACAAGUCCCAGGGAUAAUGUUUUCGCACAGUUAAUUUAGGUUAACCCGCAGAAUAAUCCCUGUCUUGUACGAAAACAUCUCCCCUGGCACUUGUAC